UUUUCCAGUAAAUGUGUUUUUGUAAAAUGUUCAGUGUAAAUUGUUAAAAGUAGUCCUUGUGCGUAGUUGUAAGGUUUGUUAAAUUGAAUUGUGUAAUCUAUUGUAUGGUCAUAUAGAAUAACUUUGGUAUGUUUUAGAUUUUUAUAUUGGUCAUUGCUGAAACCAAAGCUGAAGAAUGCAGCAGCAAAUGGCCAUUAUUUUUGGAUAGAGGUUACAGUUUACUCCUCACCUGUCAUUGUAUUGUAUCAUUGACAGUGAAGUUGUUGCAAGACACUUGGCUACUCAUACACAAGUGUCAUAUACCCAACCCAUAAACAUGCAGUAGGCAUGUGUGUAAUCUAACCCUGAAACCUUGGAACGGCAUGCACUGAUCGUAGUGUUGGAAACGUGAGAGGAUUUAUUUGUCAGUCAUUCUGUGUCGUCCUACUUUGAAGUGUAACCUGGAGUGAAUGAGUUGAAGUCGGGUAGUUCAUUGCUUGCACACAGCCAGAGUUUUAAACCUCUGCACCCCUGGAAUGAAGGUAUUUGUUUAUAUAGUUGCACAAUGUAAGGUCUAAAGUUUGCAUGCCAUGGCACCUCCAUGACCCCUCACGUGCACUAGCUCACUCUCUCAGACACUCACACAUUCGCGUAAACACAUGACCGCUGGCUUUGAGGACUAAUCGAAAUGGAGCGCUGUGUCUCACAAAGCUGCUCUGCAGGAAGCUGCCAGUUACCAAGGCAUGACAGUUCAGAUCAGCUGCAGUUGAUGGGUGCCUAUGAGGAAGACACUCCCACUGCUUGACUAUUUAAGUCCUAGGUUCCCUGGACCACCAUUCACCAGCCAGCCCAACCACUGGCACGCAUUUUAUCCAUCCCCUUCAGUGUCUAAUUAGACAUCGUCUUGAUCCACCUGGGCUGCGCCACCUACGGCUACCGUCCCCCCCAACCCCGCCUCCGUUCCGAGCCUCUCACCCACUGACAUCAUGGGGGACGUAGUACAGAUGCACUUCACCACGCCGGACUAUGUGAUCUUCGCCCUGCUGCUGGUGGCGUCCACGUGCAUCGGCCUGUUCUACGCCCUGUCCGGCGGGCGCCAGCGCACCACACAGGAGUUCCUAUUGGCCGACCGUUCUAUGAGCUGCCUGCCCGUGUCGCUGUCACUGCUCGCCACCUUCCAGUCAGCCGUGGCCAUCCUGGGAGCGCCCUCGGAGAUCUACACCUAUGGAACGCAGUACUGGUUCCUGGGAGUCUCCUACUUCCUCGGUCUGCUUAUCCCCGCCCACGUCUUCAUACCUGUCUUCUACAGGCUCCGCCUCACCAGCGCUUAUGAGUAUUUGGAGCUGCGCUUCAAUAAGACGGUGCGCAUUAUGGGGACCGUGACCUUUAUCUUUCAGAUGGUGAUCUAUAUGGGGGUGGUCCUCUAUGCCCCAGCACUCGCACUCAAUGCAGUGACUGGAUUUGACCUCUGGGGGGCAGUGCUGGCCAUGGGACUGGUGUGCACCCUGUACACAACACUGGGAGGGCUAAAGGCAGUCAUCUGGACAGAUGUGUUCCAGACCAUUGUGAUGUUUGCUGGCCAGCUGGCGGUCAUCAUAGUGGGGGCCCACCAGGCAGGGGGCAUGGGAGAAGUUUGGCGGAAGGCCAUGAACGGCAGCCGCAUCGCUAGCCUGGACCUGAACCCUGACCCGACGGAGAGGCACACGUUCUGGACGCUGGGGGUGGGCGGGGUGUUCCUCAUGCUGGCGCUGUACGGGGUCAACCAGGCCCAGGUUCAGAGGUACCUCAGCUCCCGUACUGAGAGGGAGGCGGUCAUGUCGUGCUACGUGGUGUUUCCCUGCCAGCAGGUGGUGUUGUGUCUAGGUUGUCUGAUGGGCCUGGUGAUGUUUGCUCGCUAUGGUGAGGAAAGCCCGCUUGAUAAGGGCUACGUCAAAACCAAUGACCAGAUGGUGCUGUACUUUGUGAUGGAUGUGUUCAGGGACCUGCCAGGCCUCCCAGGGCUGUUUGUAGCCUGCCUGUUCAGCGGAGCUCUCAGUACCAUCUCAUCAGCGUUUAACUCCCUAGCGACGGUAACCAUGGAGGACCUGAUCAAGCCCUACUGCCCGGCCAUGACGGAGGCCAAAGCAACGCUGCUCUCAAAGGGCCUGGCGUUGGCCUACGGUCUGGUAUGUCUGACCAUGGCCUACGUCGCCUCUCUCAUGGGCUCAGUGCUGCAGGCAGCAUUCAGUAUCUUUGGGAUGGUGGGUGGUCCUCUCCUCGGCCUCUUCUGUCUUGGAAUGUUCUUCCCUUGGGCUAACUCCACUGGUGCAAUAGUAGGGUUGGUGGCAGGCCUGGCUAUGGCGUUCUGGAUUGGCAUUGGUAAUUUUGUGUCUCGUAUGGCCGUGCCCACCCCUCUGCUCCCCAUCAUCAACGCCACCACUAUGCCCCUCCACGGCAACAUGACUACUGCUGUCAUGACAACCCUGAUUACUUCAAUCACCGCUAAACCAAAGCCUACAGGUGUGCAGGCCCUGUACAAUCUGUCCUAUUUGUGGUACAGUGCUCAUAACUCCACCACUGUGGUGAUAGUGGGACUGAUAGUCAGCCUGUUGACUGGUCCUAUGAAGGAGAAAGACCUGACCCCAGGGACUGUGUACCCUGUCCUGGGCAACCUGCUCUUCUUCCUGCCUGAACGCUACAGGGAGAAGCUGUGCUGUGUCACUCCACUGUCACACAAGCCCAAUGCUAUCAACACGCAGCCGUACCAGAUGGCUCAGGAGAGCAACGGCGUUGCCCAACACAAAGAGGAGGAGAAAACAGAGGAGAAGGAUAAGAAGGACGAGGAGAGGGCCACCCCUCGGCCUUCCUGCCGACUGGCUCACACAGUGCAGGAGACGGCCUUGUAACAGACCCCCCACCCCCCCCSCKCACAUGCCCCACCACUUCCACAACCCCCCCCCCCCAGCUAUCUCAACUCUUGGGGAGAGGACCCAUGUGGGGCCGGAGAGGCAGCGGAGAUCCAGUGUGCCUGGACAUGACCAUCAAGAACCACAGGGUCAAUGUGGAGAAACAGGGAGAUUCACCCCUGACCCUUACUCCCUGGAAAAAACUGAUACACCACAAAUAUAUGGUGUUUUUUAAGAGUGCCAGAGUCCUCUGCUAUAAUGAAGAAUAGUGCACUUACACACGAUUUGUGGCUGGGGGGGGUCCAGUUGUAUCUUCAAAUCAUUUAACGAUGGCACUGGUCACAGUUUCCCUAAACUGAAGUAACUACUUAUGAGCCUGGAGUUUUGAGAAGAGCCAAAAUGUCUGAAUUGAGGUGGAUUCCUGGAUGGAGAAAUACUAGCACAACACAAGUGGCAAUCAUGCUCCGUGCUGAGGAGAAGUCUCAUUGUUGUCCAGUUAGUAGAUCUAAGAGCCUGGACUGAACAAAAGGGCUGUGAUUGUCAUUCUGUUAUUUUGUUAAAUUUAUGAUUGAAAGAUUGUGGACAUACACACGCACUAAGUUGUUCAAAUGACUGUGAAAAUGGACCUAAGUAUUUUGUUUCUCAGAGAAUCGGGUAGAGAGCAGGUAGCCUAGUGAUUAAGAGCAUUAGGCCAGUAACCGAAAGGUCUCUGGUUUUUAUCCCCGAGCCGAUUAGGUAAAAAAUCGUUCUGUGUUCUUGAGUUAGGCACUUAACCCUACUUGCUCUUGUAAGUCGCUUGGGAUAAGAGUGUCCGCUAAAUGACUAAAAUGUCAAAUAAGCAGGCGGAGAAGAGGUACUUUAGAUUUAACUGUCAUUGCAUAUUAUUUUUAUAGAAAAGAUUAAGCCGGUACGUCAGAUGAACUAUAAGAAUUUUAAAAACAGAGUGGCUGCGGUCCGAGUUCUCUUGAACGCUUUUCCCAACAGCUAAAGGUUUGAAGCUGCGCAUGUGUGUGAUUUUCUACUUCACGCACAGUCUGUAUUACUCCUUCGGCUGCCCACGGUGCCCAGAGAACAGGCUACUCUAGUGAAUUGGUGCUUGUUUAAUAAAGUUAGAUCAAAGCUGAAUCAAUGUCUGCAAGACCACAUAAUGAUAGUAUUCUACAUAACAGAACCAAAUAUAAUGGCAUAGUGUAACAUUAUAAUGCUGUAAGACAAACAACCUCAUUUUUAGGACGAUUGUGCGACGGGUCGCAUUUUUCUCUCAAGUGGCCGAAUCUCAACAACAUGCUCCACUAGGCAAAAUAUGUGCUUGAUUGAAACCAAACACAAGCAUGCUACAGCUUGUUAGCACCAUCUACUAAAUAAUUAGCUCACUACAUCGUUCAAAACAACACUUUAGAGAUCUAAAUGCAUAACCCUAUUAAACUGAGAUCAAAUGGUUAGCAUGCAGAUGCUGCAUUUACGUUUACCAAUAAAACUUCCACAAUUACCAUUAAUGAUUGACUGUGAGAAAUGUGACGGGAGGUUGACCACAAUGUGCGUAAGGUAGAUUGUGAUCUUACAGAGAUUGAUUCCACUUUGAUCCAACUUUAUUAAACCAGCACCAUUCACCAGUGUAGCCUGUUCUCUGGGCAGCUGAACGAGUAGAACAUAGACUGUGUGAAGUACAGAAUCCCACACAUGCGCAGAAUCUUCAAUCCUUUAGCUAUCGGAAAGAGGGUUCCAGAGAACUUUGCCUUAUAAAAAACAAAUCCUUUAUGUCCCUGUAGAAGGUUCCCAAAGCUCCGUAUGUCUGUUUGCUUUACAUGGCCUUAUUUGGCUUGCUAUAGUAAAUUAAUAAAGAGGUAGAUAUCCUUAAACACUCUUAACAUGCCAUACAGUUAUAUAUUCAAGAUGGAGCUCAAGACAUCACCUCAUUUGCCAUUAACUGGGAUCACAUUUUCAGGUCAUUGAGUCGGCUCUACUGCUUUGAGAACCAGGUAACCUGCUGGUUAGCUAGUGACAUUAAUGCAUGUAGAAUACCUUAUCCUCGCAGUCCAUUCACACUGUAGAUCCCAUAGUUACUUAAGGUGCCUCAUUAGUAGGCAGUGUGUGAAUGUAGUUUUAAUUUUGAUUACUGAUCAGUGUGUAAUUAGGAUUGUGAUACAGUAUACUUAUACUGCAUAGUACAUGUAUAAUUAUUCUCCAUAUGUGUCUUCGAUGUUUGUUAGCUUUACAUGUAUGACCUGUGUCUCGUCCACCCCACUGCUCUAACAGAGCAUAUUUACAGUGAAGGGAACAUCUCUGGUUCAAACUGGAAAACUGCAGCCAUUUUGAUGGCUCAACAGAGUUCAGUACUCAGAAAUCUUAGGGUAGACUAAUAUAUGUGAUGUUCUUUGGUUGUAUCUUUGAAGGACUUGGUUUCCUUUUGGCACUUCACUGUUUAUUGAUGUUCAAUGUACCAGGGGGAAAAUUCCAAUCAUUUUAAAACGAAAGAAGUGCAAUGUUUUAUAGCGUGUUUUUGUAAGUGGCCACUUUAUCUAAUGAUGUAAAUGUUUUUCCAUAACAGUAUCGGCGGUUGAUUUAACAUUGUUAUUAUGAAGACAUUUUUUUUUUUUUUGGUCAUUCGAUGAGUAUGAAACCUGCAGGGCAGAUGUUGAAUUUUAAUUGUCAUUUGUCAAAUGUUUCAUAUUCAUGUUUCAAGGUCCUUUUUGCAAUCUGAAGAAUUCUCAUGUCAUUCUCUGUUCAAAAUCUUCAUUUUGUACUCCUCCCAUCCACUGGAAUACCUAACCACACUACAGAAUUCAAGUCAGGGUAAUGUGGUAGUACUCUGUUGAGAUUAUCUGGUUUGUGGUGACCUUGUGAUUCCAUAUGGCCUGUUUGUCCCUCAAACAGGGAGUCUACUUGUGUGUGUUUGUCUCUGCGGUUGUUUCUGUAGUUGGGGACUCGAGUGACAUGCCUGUCCAUCUGUCUUACUGUGGUUUGGGUUGGGAUAACUUUUGAUUGGUAUGGGCUGAAUGAGUCACUAUGUAGUCAAUCUGCUUUACUUGUUUCCAAAGAGUUUUUACAUAAAAAUUCUGUAGAGCCACUUUC